GGCAGCGCCGAGGAGCCGUGUCGCCGCGACGCGCGGAUCAUGCGGCUGACACUGCUGCACUCGGAGCGGUACUCGCGGUCGCUCUUAGCCGAGCCGGGCGUCCGGCGCGGGUUGGCAGCCGCCGCGGCCUCGCUCUUGCCCGGCAGAAGCAUGGAGGAGAGCCAGGCGGGCGGCGAGCAGGGGAGCUCCCCUCCGCCCGUGAAGAGGCUCCGGCUGUGGACCGGGAAGGGGAAGGCGAAAGGGAAGCGGCCCGGGCCGGCCGAGGAAGGCGAGAAGCGCUACGUGCCGCCUCCCAAGAAGCGCAACCCCGGCGUCAGCUUCGGCCAGAGCCACUUCGCCGAGACCAGCUACUACUUCGAGGGCGGCCUCCGCAAAGUGCGGCCCUACUACUUCGACUUCCAGACCUACUGCAAGGGCCGCUGGGUGGGCGAGAGCCUCCUGCACGUCUUCGGCACCGAGUUCCGCGCCCAGCCCCUCGAGUACUACCGGGCCGCGGCCCAAGCGGGCCGCCUUCGGCUCAACGAGCAGCCCGUGCGGGACCUGGGCGUCAUCCUCAAGAAUAAUGACUUCAUCCGGAACACCGUACACCGCCAUGAACCUCCAGUCACAGCACAGGCUAUUGAGUUCCUGGAAGAAAAUGAUGAGGUUGUGGUUGUAGACAAACCUUCAUCCUUGCCUGUCCAUCCAUGUGGCAGAUUUCGGCACAACACUGUCAUUUUUAUUUUGGGUAAAGAGCACAACCUGAAGGAGUUGCACACUAUUCAUCGGUUGGAUCGCCUGACGUCAGGCGUCCUCAUGUUCGCAAAGUCUGCAGAAGUGUCCAAGAGGAUCGAUGAGCAAGUGCGACAGCGACAGCUGGAGAAGGAGUAUGUGUGCCGUGUACUUGGAGAAUUCCCAGAAAAUGAGGUGACGUGCGAAGAACCCAUCCUGGUUGUCUCUUACAAAGUCGGGGUGUGUCGAGUGGACCCCAAGGGUAAAGUCUGUAAAACGGUCUUCCGGAGGCUCAGCUACAAUGGCAAGACUAGUGUGGUGAAGUGUUUUCCUUACACUGGCCGCACCCAUCAGAUCCGUGUCCAUCUCCAGUUUUUGGGACACCCUAUUGUUAAUGACCCCAUCUACAACACCGAUGCCUGGGGUCCCAAAAAGGGCAAAGGUGGCCAUAUUAAUAAGACGGAUGAUGAGCUGCUUCGGGCUUUGGUGGAGGAGCAUCUUUCAAAACAGAGCUUGGGUAUCCUGGAUGUUGCUGAGGAAGAUUUGAAACCCAUUGUAGGAGACAGAGUGCAGGAGGCUGUGUUGGACACCGCUGUAAAUGUCAGUUCUGGCACUCGUGAGGAAUCUGCAGGUGGAGAAAAGAGCAGGAUAUCGGCAUGUUCUCAGAAUUCUGUUCCUCAGGCAGAGCUGCACAAGACGGAAAGUGGAGAAACUUGCUCAAAUGAGUCCUGGGACGAAAAGGACCCUCUCUGUGGAGAAUGCAAGAUAGUGAGGCCGGACCCAUCACCCAAAGAUCUAGUGAUGUAUCUCCAUGCUUUGCGCUACAAGGGAGCAGAAUUUGAAUAUUGCUCUAAGAUGCCAGCCUGGGCACAUGAUGACUGGGAAGAGACCUGAGACUUUUAAAAUACUCUGUAAAGACUGUGUGUUAGUGUGUGUGAGAAAGAAAUGGAAGCUUGCAUUCACAUUUUACAUAUUUAGAUGCACACUGAAUUGGUCAGUUCAUAUGUAAUAAUCCUGGCUUAGUAGAUGAUUUAUUAAGCUGGGAACAAGGGUCAGACCUGCAUGCUCCCUGUUCCCUUGUGGUUUCUUUAAACCAGUUUCCCAUUACAUCUGAAGUAGGGAACUGUGGGUUUACUACCCAGGACCUGAAAUCAUGGUUAGUAAACCAACCUUGAACAUGUUUUCUGCUUCAGCUAUAACAGGCAACUGUAAGAAACCAUGCUGAAAGUGCCAAACAGUAUUGGAAGAGGAGAGAACAGUCCCACUUAAAAAAGAAAAGAAAAAGCUGUGUCCAUGUUGAUCCAUUCUGUCCUAAGUAUACAGUGGGGGGGGUGAAGAUGCUUUUAAAUAGGCUUCCUUUUUAAGAUCUCUUCUCUGUGGCCAGUGACUUCAUUGCUAAUCCUGGUUCCUUUUCCAUGAAUGGGCCAAUGGGUUUGAAUGAGAGUACACUGCAGUGCUUGAGGCAACUGCCUUUAUAUCAAGAGGUGGGUAAUGACUAGACACUGGGCCAAAUAUGACCCAUAGUGUAUUCAGUCCAUGGCUGCCUCUGCCACAUUUCCAUGUUCUCCUUGCCCAGCACAGAAGCCAAACAGGUUGUCUAAGGAGGAAUAGCUCAGAGUGUCUAUCUCUCUGUGUGUAGUCAGUUGGGCCGUGUAGUGCUUAGGUUUGCAUCAGCAACUAGCACUUCAGCUUUCUUGCAGACACAGCUGGACCUUAUAAUUGCUGAAACCUUAUCAAGCAUCAUUAGGUCUGUGAAAAGCUGCAGAGAGAGUGCUUUGAAGCAGCAGCUUGGUUUGGGGUUUGUAAAUGGAUGCGGGUGAGGGGUGUGUGUGAAUGGGGUGAAUUGAGCAACAGCAGCCCCUGGCAUACAGCUCUGUAAAUGUUGCCCCUGAUGGAAUGCAUCCUUCUGCAGAAAAAAAAGGUUCAGCUCUGUUUUAUAAGAAGGAAUGUGAUGACAGAGCCUUUCAGAUGGUUGAAACUACUAAUCAAAUGUACAUCUGUGUAGGGUUGAAGCAGGGUGUUUAUAUGAGAACAGUUUAUUAUAUUCCUGUCUUCUUCCCCUUGGGCUUGAGAAACAAUGGAAAUGUCUUCAUUGUGUGGGAGGUGGGAAUGCUUUGCCUUGUCUAGGACCAAGUGUUCCCCUCCCUCUCUGAGAAUAGAGGGCUUUUACUUGCAUUUUCCUAAACACUGUCUGGUUAUUGCUCAUGAACUGCAGUCAUGAUUAUCUACCUAAGACAGUAGUACUAUAUAAGACAGUAGUACUAUAUUUUAAUAUCUAGUGGCCCUAUUUUAAGUUUUCGGAGCAACCAAUAUGACAAAAAUAAAGGAGGUUCCUAUCUAGGUGGCUUCUUGUAGAGAUUACAAGAAAAUAGUUUUACUAUUGAACUCCAUGUGUACAGUCUCAGCUUCCAGUGCACUCACAACUCUGCCCACCCAUCCCCUUCCUUUUGGUGAUCCUGUCAUCAGUUUUUCUAGCUUACUGCUGGGUUGAGCAGGAGUUUUGCACCUGCUAUGGUACACCUCUAAGGUCCAGGUGUCAACCCUGUUACCAUCCUACGGGGUCUGGAAUGUGAAACACUAUAAAUAGUAAAGAUGUUAUAAUUUGGAAUUCACUGGGAGUGCUUUUUUUAAAAAAAAAAGUUUAAAAUUGCUAUUACUGCAGAGCAACUCAUUUAAAUAUUGACGAGCCCAACCCUGUACUUAAGGCAGCCACUAUAUAUUGUAAUAAGCCACAUUUUAUUUGCCCAUGGUAGGCUUUAAAAUUGAUUUAUUCAAGCAUGCAGUGGACUUGCACCAUUGAGGUAAGUACAGAUUGUAAGGUCCGGCUGUCACGGUUUGGCAGUUUUUUCCACGAUGCAUGUUUCUAUACUCCAUGCUCAGUUUUACUGUGGCUGGCUUCCAUUCAGCUAAUCUGUUCCUUAAUGGUUCUGUGUUAACCAUCCCAAUAAAUUAACUGUACAAGGAGGCUCAUUAAACAGUUACAAAGAUAGUUAACCUGAGGAACAGAAUUGCCUUGAGGGAGCCCUUCGCCACCUACUUCAUUGCUUGAAAAAAUCUCUGUAAUGAAUAGAGCUCAUUCUGGUCUCUUCAAAGCAUUCAUCUGUGGUUAUAAAAUCAGGAGGAAGCGAACCAUUUGUAAUAAAAUACACACAUUAAA